ACUAAAUUGAAAUUGUCAUAAACGUUACAAAGGAAUCACCCAUAGGGGGAGCACGGGCUUGGGCGAAAUUUUGUUUGUGGCGUUCACCACCGCCGCCGUCGCCGCAAUCACAACCACCGUUCGGAUUUCGAAAACCGUCGGAGUUCCGGCGAGGUUUGCUCGCAGUCCGACCAUUUGGCAGUCUUCAUCAUUUUGUUUGGAGCUCAGAGCAUUUUUGUCUUUUCUCUCUCUGUUCUCUCGUACGUUCUUGGGUUUUGUUUGUUCAUGGCGGCUACGGCUACCCGCAAACUAAUAAGAGAUGCUUUCUUCAAAGGGGCGGUUUCACGCCCUCUUCAAGGCGCGAGACACUGUUCUACGGCUUCUGAGACCAUUCAUAAGAUCCCUCACACUUCUAGAAAGGGGAGAUUAUUAACCGGAGCCACCAUAGGCCUAGUGAUAGCUGGAGGUGCUUAUGUGAGUACUGUGGAUGAAGCAACUUUCUGUGGAUGGCUAUUCUCCGCCACGAAACUGGUUAACCCAUUCUUUGCCCUCCUUGACCCUGAGGUUGCGCAUAGGCUAGGCGUCUCAGCAGCAGCCCGUGGUUGGGUUCCAAGGGAGAAGAGGCCCGAUCCACCAAUUUUAGGACUUGAAGUUUGGGGAAGGAACUUUUCAAAUCCCAUAGGUCUUGCUGCAGGUUUUGAUAAGCACGCUGAGGCUGUUGAUGGUCUUCUUGGAUUAGGCUUUGGCUUUAUGGAGGUUGGUUCUGUGACACCUGUUCCACAAGAAGGCAAUCCAAAACCUCGUGUAUUUCGAUUGCGCGGGGAAGGAGCUAUCAUUAAUAGAUACGGCUUCAACAGUGAAGGAAUUGUUGUAGUUGCAAAGAGGUUAGGUGCCCAGCACGGAAAAAGAAAGUUAGAUGAAACUUCAAGCACUUCACCUUCCUCUAGUGAUGACGUUAAACAUGGUGGUAAAGCUGGUCCGGGAAUUCUUGGGGUCAAUCUCGGAAAGAACAAGACCAGUGAAGAUGCUGCUGCAGACUAUGUGCAAGGGGUCCAUACAUUAUCCCAGUAUGCUGAUUACUUGGUGAUUAAUGUUUCAUCACCCAAUACCCCUGGAUUGCGUGUGCUUCAAGGUAGGAAGCAAUUGAAGGACCUUGUUAAAAAGGUUCAAGCGGCUCGGGAUGAAAUGCAAUGGGGUGAGGAGGGUCCUCCUCCUCUACUUGUGAAAAUUGCCCCUGAUUUGUCUAAAGAAGACCUUGAAGAUAUAGCAGCUGUUGCUUUAGCCCUCCGCUUGGAUGGAUUGAUUAUAACAAAUACAACUGUUUCAAGACCAGAGCCCGCUGAUAAAAAUCCAUUGGCUACUGAAGCUGGUGGAUUGAGUGGGAAGCCUCUCUUCAAUCUAUCCACCAGCAUCUUAAAGGAGAUGUAUGUUUUGACCAGGGGAAGAAUUCCUUUAGUUGGCUGUGGUGGCGUUAGCAGUGGUGAGGAUGCGUACAUGAAAAUACGAGCUGGAGCAACUCUUGUUCAGCUUUAUACAGCAUUUGCCUAUGGUGGGCCUGCCCUGAUUCCUCAGAUAAAGAUGGAACUUGCUGAAUGCUUAGAAAGAGAUGGUUUCAAGUCAGUCCAAGAAGCAGUUGGUGCAGACUGCAGAUAACAACUGCUUGCUUGUGCACUUGUUUUUAUGGACUGAAUCAUUCAAAAGAUUUUGACUGACAAUAUGGAAUUCAGUUCUCAGAAUUUUAUAAAAAUUUUCCCUCCCAUUGGAGGCAGAUUGCCCUACAAGGUUUCUUCUUUCUGAUGGGGAUUGAUUUGAUUGGGUUCUCUGUUUUUUGAUUUUCACAUUGGCUCUUGCUUUCUCACAUUGGGAGAGAACUGUAUGGGAUAAUUGCUUACAACUUCUUCUUCCCAGUUAUUGUUACAAGAGGUUCUCUGUUGAAAUAUUUUUUCUUUAUAUUAUUGGAUUGGUGAGGCCUGUGUUUCUAA